AUGGACAACAUCCAUCACUGUGGUGCUGUGUCUUCACAAUCCUUAGUGCAGAAAAAGUCUGAUCCUAGAGCAUUUACCAUAUUGUGCACAGUUAGGUCCAUAAAGUUUACCAAAACUUUAUAUGACUUAGGAGCAAGUAUAAAUCUUAUGCCACUUUAUAUCUACAAGAAUCUUGGAUUGGGGGAGCCUACCCUCACAACGAUGCAUCUUUUUAUGGCAGAUAGAUCGGUUAAGCGACCGGUUGGUAUAUCGCAAGAUGUGCCGGUAAAGGUGGAUGAUUUUAUUCUGCCUGCAGACUUUGUGAUACUGGAUUGUGAUGUUGAUUUUGAGGUACCCAUCAUAUUGGGUAUACCAUUAUUAGCCACGAGGAGAGUAUUGGUUGAUAUGGAGCUCAAUGAGCUCAAGUUCAGAUAUGGGAAAAAAGAGGCCAGAUUUAAAAUGCAACCUCCUAUGAAGUAG